AUGCCGCGCCUAUGGUACUCUCGGUAUCUUGCUUCAGCUCGUUUUCGCUGUCGCCCACUGUCUCUUCCCGACCAACCCUUGACCCGAGUUGACCUUCUCCUUCGCCGCACGGUGAACACCGCCGCAUCUACCCACGAGUUUAUACCUCUCCAAUCGGAAGAGGGGGGGAAGGAGACAACCAGAGGUGAACGAUGGCUGGGAAUUGACCGUGGGAAUCGAAAUACAUGCGCAAUUGAACUCGGAAGCGAAGCUAUUCUCGAGUCAGUGACAUCUACACAUUCCGACUCGCAUUGCGCUGUACUGACGAGCUCAAUCACAGAAGCGCGUACAUCUGCCAUCGCUGAGCCAAAUUCAAAUGUCGCCCUAUUUGACCUGGCAUUCCCAGGUUCACAACCAAAAUUCCAAACUGCCACUCUGCUCCCCGCACUCCGAGCAGCGAUAGCACUCAACUGUGAUGUUCAACCAAUCAGUCGCUUUGACCGCAAGCAUUACUUCUAUCAAGAUCAGCCAGCGGGGUAUCAAAUAACUCAAUACUACGAACCGUUUGCACGAAACGGUUUCGUCGAGCUGUAUGACUACGAUGGCAUUGCGCCCGAGGAUGGGAAGAAGGUUCGCGUCGAUAUUAAACAAGUGCAGCUGGAACAAGACACUGCCAAGUCGCACGAGCAUCCGCCAUCGACUCAUUUCCUAGAUUUCAAUCGUGUUUCGCAUCCUCUCAUCGAGAUCAUCACUAUGCCACAGAUUCACUCGCCCGCAACCGCCGCGGCCUGCGUUAGGAAGAUCCAGGCCAUCCUACAAGCUACGAGUGCAGUCACCACAGGCAUGGAAUUAGGGGGCUUGCGAGCAGACGUCAAUGUCUCUGUCAAACGGCGGGAUGCACCGCCAGCAGCUGGAGAGUACCACGGCGUUCGAGGCCUAGGUCAGAGGACGGAAAUCAAAAACCUUAGCAGCUUCAAGGCCGUCGAGGACGCUAUUAUAGCCGAGCGCAAUCGCCAAAUCGCUGUUCUCGAGUCCGGAGGUAUUGUUGAAGUCGAAACGAGAGGCUGGACGAUUGGCAGCACCGAGACUCGAAAACUACGUAGCAAGGAGGGCGAAGUGGAUUAUCGCUAUAUGCCAGAUCCUGACCUGAGCCCUCUAUUCAUCGAUGGUGAGCUAGUGUCUGCGUUAAGAGACAGCCUUCCUGUUUUGCCUGCUCAGCUCUUAACCAUGCUAGUCGGCUCACCAUAUGGGCUUACACUAGAAGACGCAAAGCCAUUGAUUGAAUUAGAUGAUGGCGCGCGGUUAGAAUACUACCAGGAUGUUGUCGCCUUGCUCCAGGCUCUUCAAUCCAGUGAAGAAGGUCAGAAAGGGCUGGGCAGGCUUGCGGCCAACUGGGUGCUACACGAAUUAGGGGCACUGCUCACCAAGGCCGAUGUGGCCUGGCAUGCCGACCUCGUUCCGGCCCAGACAUUGGCAGAGCUCAUUGAUAAGUUAAUACACAAGAAGAUCACCAGUCCCGUCGCAAAGCAAGUUCUGGCUAUGGUUUUUGAGGGGGAUCAACGUCCAAUCCAGCAGCUACUGGAGGAGGACAACCUCCUGCUGCGCCCUCUAUCCAAGGACGAAUACAUUAUGCUGGCCAACUCGCUGAUCCAGGAGAAUGCACGAAUGGUCGCACAAAUACGCGAGAAGAAGCAGGUGGGCAAAAUCGGCUGGUUUGUCGGACAAAUGAUGCGCCAGGGGGAGAAGGGUCGCGUAGAAGCGCAGCGUGCGGAGGAGGUUCUUCGCGAAUUGAUUCUGGGUGCGCAAUGA